AUGGCAUUCCAAGCGCCUCGUAUCCAUGGUCACAAUGAACUGGAUUAUCAGGAACUUCUAAAACAGGUACAAACCCUUCAAGGAAAACUCUCCGCUAAAACCGACGCUCUAUUGAGGCUUGCCAGGGCCGAGGUCGAGCGGAUAGAGGAAAAUGCUGGGAUUGUAAAACUCGAAGCAUCUCCGGCGGCCAGGAAUUCCGUAAGGCUUAGCUCAGAGCAGACAAGUGAUGGGGAAACGAUCGGAAGACAGGAAAAGCUAGUUUCGGAGAACCGACAGCUAGAAGCGGAUAUGGCGUCAGUGCUUAGCACAAAGGAAGAGCUCGUGCUAGAAAGGGAUGCACUCGUGAAAAAGGUGGAGAGAUUGAGUCAAGAAUUGACAUAUCUACUCAAUGGGGAUCCGAAACGGGUAGUCGAAGACCUCGACAGUUUAAUGGCCGAGAAUCGAUACCUAAAGGCACAACUUGACUCGGCACAAGAAGAACGGCAAACGAUCAAGGAGAACCUUGAAAAGUAUAAGAGUGUGGCUGAACAUGUGGCGGCGAGAAGACAAGCCGAGCUUGGGUCGACUUCAAAGGAUGAGGGGGAGAAGCCAACGGUUGCUGUGGUGAAUAUGAAGCAGAUUCGUGAGCUGCUCUCGUCGCAUUCGAUUGAUUUGGAUGAGAGUGACUAUCGAGCCCUUUCAAAUGUGCUUCUCGACCUCUGCAACGACAAGCAAAUGGCCCUGGCCCAUCAGAGAAGGGCCAACAAAAUUCUUGGCAACCGGCUCUACGAAGUGGAACAGCGACUGCAGGGCCUCGAGGCGGGCAAAUCCCCGCGCAGCGUCAGCCCCCGACUGGAUGUCAUACAAAAG